AUUUUCUUUUUUGUAUUCAAAGCGGUAAAUGAAGAAGAUAGUGUCACGAAAACAGCAAAACACCUCUUGACUUAUGUUGCCUUUAUCUCCUCAACUGUCCAGAUAAGACCAAACUAGGAGCCAAAGAGGAAUUGCAUGCACAAAUUCACAAACUUUUGUUUUUGGGGGGGGGGGGGUCAUCGAGUUUACCGAAUCACUAGCACGCCUCAAAAGUGGGAAUUCAGAAGACUAGAGCUAUAAAAACUCUGAUGUUUUUAUGAGAAAGUUUUGGUCGGAUUUCAGUAUUUAAAGCGCGAGCGCUUUGCUCCGAGAGACGUUAAGGAAUGUACCGAUAACAUCGCACCUGCUUCUGAAAAGUCACUAAACACACGGAGGAAAACAUCGAUAUCGCCAUAAGAGGACCACAUAAAGUUGACUGCAAAUAGGCCUAACUCUGAGAAUUAUGGAAACUAGACUCCUCCUGUUGCUGUGGGCUUCCUUUUUAUUUCAAGUGGCCUGCACACAUUGGUCUGCUCCCAGAGUGCAGCUGACUUUUAAAGAACUUAUGGACACUCGAACAGCGAAACCAUUCAGUUUCUCUUUCAACACCAGUGACUACCGGAUCUUGCAUGUUGAUCAGGAUCAAGGACGGCUUUACCUGGGCAGCCGCGAGUAUCUGGUCUCUCUGGACAUGCAAAAUAUCAACAAAGAGCCUCUCAUUAUCCACUGGCCGGCUCCCGCUCAGAGGAAGGGAGAGUGUCAGAUGACUGGGAAAGGCAGGCAUGGAGAGUGUGCUAAUUUUGUGCGUCUGAUUGAGCCAUGGAACAGGACUCACCUGUACACCUGUGGGACAGGAGCAUAUAAACCCAUCUGCACCUUCAUAAACAGGGGCUGGAGAGCUGAGGAUUACCUUUUCAGGAUGGUUCCUGGUUAUGUGGACUCCGGAAAAGGAAAAUGCUCUUAUGAUCCAAACCAGGAGAAUGUUGCAGCACUGAUAAAUGGAAACCUGUAUGCAGGAGUAGCUGUGGACUUCAUGAGUACUGAUCCAGGCAUCUUUAGGACCAUGGGAAGCCGGCCAGCUGUGAGAUCUGAACAAUAUGACUCAAAAUGGCUCAACGAGCCUGUGUUUGUUCAGAUGAAGCAGAUUCCUGACAGCUCAGAGAGGAACGAUGACAAAAUCUAUUUCUUCUUCCGUGAGAAGAGUCUGGAUUCUGGCGGAGGAGCGAGUCCAAGUGUGGUGGCCAGAGUGGGCCGUGUGUGCCUGAAUGAUGAGGGGGGUCAGAAGUCUCUGGUGAACAAAUGGACGACAUUUCUAAAGGCCAGGCUGGUGUGCUCUGUAAUGGGAGAUGAUGGGGUGGAAACCUUCUUUGACGAAUUGAGGGACGUGUUUAUCCAACCCACUCAAGAUGAACGAAACCCUGUGGUAUAUGCUGUCUUCUCAACUUCUGGCUCAGUGUUUAAAGGCUCCGCCGUGUGUGUGUACUCAAUGGCUGACAUUCGCAACAUCUUUAAUGGCCCUUUCGCCCAUAAACAUGGACAUAACUACCAGUGGACUACAUACACAGGAAAGAUUCCCUAUCCACGGCCUGGAACAUGUCCAGGAGGCACAUUCACACCGGGUCUUCAGUCAACAAAAGAGUUCUCAGAUGAAGCAGUGAACUUCAUUCGUGGACAUCCUCUCAUGUACUACCCUGUGUAUCCCAUUCACAAACGCCCUCUGGUGGUGCGUUCAGGUGUAGACUAUCGUUUUACUACUAUUGCAGUGGAUCAGGUGGAUGCAGUGGAUGGCCGAUACGAGGUUCUCUUCCUGGGAACAGAUCGUGGCACAGUCCAGAAAGUUAUAGCCCUGCCCAAGGAUCCCACCACAAUGGAAGAGCUAACUUUAGAGGAAGUGGAAGUUUUCAAGACUCCUGCUGCUGUCAAAACUAUGCAGAUAUCAUCCAAAAGGCAACAGCUGUACGCAUCUUCAGAGGCAGGUCUUACCCAGAUGUCUCUGCACCGCUGUGGGGUGUAUGGAAUGGCCUGUUCAGACUGCUGCCUGGCCAGAGACCCAUACUGUGCCUGGGAUGGAGAAAACUGCUCUGCCUUUACACAAGCCACCAAAAGGAGAAGCAGAAGACAGGAUGUAAAACAUGGAGACCCUUUGCGUCAGUGCCGGGGCUACAACGCCAAAGUGGAAAGGAGACUGCAAGAGAAAGUGCAAUUUGGUGUGGAGGGUAGCAGAACGUUUCUGGAAUGUUUGCCACGCUCUCCACAGGCCACUAUCAAAUGGCUCUACCAGAAGGAGGGGAGACGAAAACUGCUGAAUCGAGAAGGGGAGGUUCUUAAGACUCCACAGGGCAUUCUUCUGAAAUCUCUCACCAAAGCAGAUGCAGGCCUUUAUCACUGCCUGGCCACGGAAAAUAACUUCAAACACACGCUGGCUCGUGUCUCCCUACGUAUCCUGGACCGGGACAUCGCAGUAGCCCUCACCACCCCUGAUGAAGAGGAUGAGGAGGAGGAGACAACAUGGAUCUAUCACAAAGACCAUCAACAGAGCACUGCACCCCCUACGCCAGUGCUCCUGCUUGAACCUGAAAUGCGUCUGAUUCAACAGUACUGCCAGUCAUACUGGGAGCAGCUAACGGCUGGUGGGGACUCUCAGGCUUACUUCCCUAAACAUACAAGCCGCAGACACAUAGAAGCACAGAAGGCUAGUGGAGGGUGAGGACAAGAGGAAAUGAAAGUUAAUCUGUCCAUCCCCUUAUUCCUAUCUGGUGAAAGAGAUACCAAAAAAUGAUAAUUCUGUCUUUUAUUCACUUUCAUGUUCAUGUUAGGCAGAAUGUUAGUCUCGGUCACCAUUCACUUUGAUUGCACAAUGAAAGUGAAUGGUGACAGAGACUAACAUUCUGCCUAACACUCCUUUUGUGUUCCACAAGAGACAGAGUCACACAGGUUUGAAACACCAUGAGGAUGAGUAAAUGAUGCCAGAGUUUUCAUUUUUGAUUAAACUAUCCCAUGUGUUCAUACAUUCACUGUUCGUGCAUUCACUGAUCCAUUGUUCUGGGAUUCUUGUGGGUGGUGAUUGGUUCUUUACGCUGAGUGUUUUACAGUUGCCAGAGUGAUUUGACAACAUUUCAGUAUUAUGCCAAGGUAUAAACUUUUACUAACCUCUCAAGUCAAAUUAAUUUGUGAAUGAAUUUCAAGAUACAUAUUACAUAUAGCCAUUAAUCAAAAUGUAUUUAAAGACCCCAUGAAAUAUCCAAAUAUCCAUGUAGUGCAAGUUGAGUUAGCAAUAUUUUUGGAAAAUAUUUGGUGAAAAAAAAAAACUUUCCUUGAAGUUUAAUUGAAUUCAUUUUAGUUACAUUUUUUUAUGUGUAUAUCUGCCAAAAAUUAAUUUCGUCAACUUUUAGGAGUACACUAGCAUAUACAGUAAAUGCCUUCAAAGCUAACUGACAUGGACUAAAAGCCACAAAACUUUUGAUUUCAUGGGGUCUUUAAGGUAAAAAAAUUAAUAAAUAAAAAAUCAACCAUUCACCAUAAAGCACCUUUAAAGAUAUUACAUCAUAAGCAUGGAAAACAUUACAUUAUCCUGUCGUCAGAAAACAAAGAUCUCUACUAUUCCUUUGUUAAAUCACUUAAUCAUUGGGCCAGUGCAAUUUCUGAUGUUCCACCUGGAUUAUGGUAUUAUAAUAGUAAUGUAUGUUUAAUAGUAAGAUAUGUGUGGAUUCCAUUAACUUCCUGGGUUGAUAAUGGCACCAAACAUUUUGCAAGAGCACUACUUCUCUGCAUGUAUGUGUGACUGUGGCUGAUUCUCACCAUUUGUAAAAUCUAUUUAUUUUAAGUUGUACAUAUUUUAAUGGGAUGAUCCAUGUUGCUAGAGGAUACUGAAUAAGGGUGGGUGGCAUUUUUGCAUGAUUGAAUUGUUGUUAUAUUUAUUUCAAUGCAUUCAGAAUGACAGAUAUGAGACUGACACUGUUUAGGAAAUAACAAUUGUAUGCUGUGCAUUUAGUAUCAUGCUUUAUGACAGGUUGAGCAAUCACCCUAACAGCAAAUGAUCAUCGGUUCACUCUUAUAGUAUUGAACACUGGAAAUGUCUUUAUGGAACUAAACUGCGCAAUAUUUGUGUCCUUUUUUUUUUUUUUUU